GCGCCCGGGCCGCCCGCCCUCGUCUCCACGAACGUUUACGUAACGAUGGCCGAGCCCGCGAGCUGAUGGCCGCGCUCGUGUGGUGGCUGGCGGCCUGCUGCCUGUUCCGCGCCGCCACCGCCGGAAACCCCGACGCCAAGCGCCUGUACGAUGACCUCCUCUCGAACUACAACAAACUGGUGCGGCCGGUCGUCAACACCACUGACGUCCUGCGAGUCUGCAUCAAACUCAAACUCAGUCAGCUUAUCGAUGUUAAUCUCAAGAAUCAAAUAAUGACAACGAACCUGUGGGUGGAGCAGUCGUGGUACGACUACAAGCUGCGCUGGGAGCCGCGCGAGUACGGCGGCGUGCACAUGCUCCACGUGCCCUCCGACCACAUCUGGAGGCCCGACAUCGUGCUUUACAACAAUGCCGACGGCAACUUCGAAGUUACAUUGGCGACCAAGGCGACCAUCUAUCACCAGGGACUUGUGGAAUGGAAGCCACCCGCUAUUUACAAGUCUUCCUGCGAAAUAGACGUGGAAUAUUUUCCUUUCGACGAGCAAACAUGCGUUCUUAAGUUCGGUAGCUGGACUUACGACGGAUUCAAGGUGGAUCUGCGGCACAUGGAUGAGCAGGCCGGCAGCAACGUGGUCUCUGUCGGCGUGGACCUCUCCGAGUUCUACAUGUCUGUGGAGUGGGACAUACUAGAGGUGCCAGCCGUCAGGAAUGAAAAGUUCUACACGUGUUGUGAUGAGCCGUACUUGGACAUCACGUUCAACAUAACGAUGCGGCGGAAGACUCUAUUUUAUACAGUCAACAUCAUCAUUCCCUGCAUGGGAAUAUCAUUUCUUACAGUUCUUACUUUUUAUUUACCCUCGGAUAGCGGUGAAAAGGUCACGCUAUCAAUAUCAAUACUGAUUAGCCUCCAUGUGUUCUUCCUGUUAGUGGUGGAGAUAAUCCCCCCCACAUCGCUGGUUGUGCCCCUUUUGGGAAAAUACCUCAUUUUCGCAAUGAUACUUGUAUCUAUCAGCAUAUGUGUGACGGUGGUGGUACUGAAUGUCCACUUCCGGUCGCCGCAGACACACCGGAUGGCACCGUGGGUGAAAAGAGUUUUCAUACACAUCCUGCCCCGACUGUUGUUUAUGAAACGACCACAAUACAAGUUUGAUACAACUAGAUCGCGUUACACAGCGUGCGGUGUAGUGGUGCGUUGCGGAGGGGCCGCGCGGCCGCUGUACCCUUACCGGUUAGCAGCGGCCGACGACGACUGCUGCGCUCCCGGUGCCUGGCCGCCGCCCGCCGCGCCGCCGCCACGUCCGCUCACGCGGACGCCCAGCAAAGAGGAUUUGACACACACAACUUACCUUAAUUCAGGCAUCGACAGUAAUCGCUUCGGCGGCAGUUGUCUGGUGCACGGGUCAAGCGAGGGUGGCGGCGCGGGACUCGGGGGUGUGACCAACCCCGCCGAAGAGGAGACCCUCAGCCCGGUGCCUGAUCCUCCACCAGGGUUCAGUCACUCGGCCUGUCCGCCAGAAGUACACAAGACUUGUUUCUGCGUGCGCUUUAUCGCGGAGCAUACUAGAAUGUUGGAAGACUCUACUAAGGUCAAAGAAGAUUGGAAGUACGUGGCAAUGGUGCUUGACAGACUGUUUCUUUGGAUUUUCACGUUAGCAGUGUUAGUGGGCACGGCUGGUAUUAUACUACAGGCGCCAACUUUGUACGACGAUAGAGUGCCUAUUGACAAACAUUUUAACCAGUACGCCACGUCAUCACUGGUGCGAUGUCCGCCGCCGGUAUAAGAGCACAAUAUUAAAACGAAAACAUACUUAUAUGACAUUCCAAAUAAUUACAUAUUAUGCUUAAUUCUCCUUUCUACAUAUUAUUAUACUCAGCUAAAUAUGAAGUAUCAUUUUAUAUACUGCAUUAUAUAGUCAAUACAAAAUUAUUGUUAAUGAUAACAUCUGUUUCAUUCACUAAAUGAUAUAAUCCAGAGAUUGUAUUAUUUGAUACUACUAUGAAAAUCUGUAAUCCAUGUUACGUCGAUAGUACUUGUAAAAGGGAUGUCAUAUAUGCGUGUGUGUAAUUUUAAUAUUGUGCCAGUAGUUAUCAAGAAUAAGUAAAAUGCGAUGGUAUUUAGACUGUAAUUUGUUUGUAAAUAACAUUAAAUAACCGCGAGGUUGUUGACAUAAUCAAAAGUUUAUAAUUUAAGGAAUUACACACAGUCAAUAAUCAACAUAUUAUAAAAAAAAUAUUGCGAAGUAUUAUUUGAAUAUGUGUUUAUUUAAUUUUAUGAAAGAAAAAAAAAUAGCAAAUAAAUUGUAGUAGAUUUAUAAAGCAUUAAAGAAUAACAAAUCAGAAAUAGUAAAAGACUGAAAUAGCUGUGUUCGUAGGUUGUUACUUCAGUAUAUGCUAUUUCAGCUGGCUUAAAUGCCUUUGUAAACAAAUUACAGUCGUUAAAAUAUUACCAUUGUGUCGUUCACACCCAACGCACACCCGUCCCGCCAGAAACGUGUUCUAUUCCACGACACAUAACAUCUAUCUUAACACCUAGACUUAACGUUAGGCAAUUUCAUAUCUUCUCACUCCUAUACUCUCCUUCCAUUCUAAGCUCUAACUUUUAAUUUGUUUGAAAAUUGGUCCUAAUUGUCAUCAUUCAAUUACGACAAUAAACACAUAUUUACCAAUCGUUCACCGUAGGCAGUAUUAAGUGUAAUAUUAAUUUAUCAUUGUCAUUAAGGUACUUUCAACGAAUAUUUAACUGUACAAAUAUAAUUAAACGUAGAUAUUUAGAAAUAGUCGUUACCGAAAUAAGGAACAACUCCAGAUUGUCAUAAUCUGUUUUUGUCAUUAUUAAUUAAUGAUUAUUUGAUAAAACUACUUAAUUCAUCAUUUUCAGAAUCCACGUUAUGGGGACUUAACCCCAUUUACUCCUACAAGCACCUCGCUUAUCCUUUUAUGGGUCAUGAAACACGCAUGGUUUUUUAAUGCUUUUAUUAAUGUAGCGCUUAAGUAGACAUCGAAAUAUAGGUAAUCUUACUAAGUAAACGUACUUACAUAUUUAGCUGUAAGUCUAUCUAAAAAUAUACUGCGACUAUCGCUUAAGUAAUCACUUUCUUUAUUACUUACUUAACUACCUUCUACCUUGUCGUAGAAUAGAACAUGUAAAAAACUAAAAUAUUAAAAUAAUCGAUUUUAUAAUUUAUAAGAAGUAUAGAGACUUUGAAAAUUAACAGGAUACCACAGUAUUCUGUAACAAUGAUAGUUGAUUUUAAAAUAAAUCAAACUUAAUAUUGUGAGAAUACAAUGAAUUUGUAUCGGUGUACUUUCAUAAUGACAUUUUACAAGCCCAGUGUGAAAAUAUCGUUAAGAUAAUAAGUACAACAUAACAAUUUAAUUUAAGUGACGAUUGCUCAAUUUUACAAAUGGGUAUUCAACUUUUCUGCACAACUGGAUUCGUUGCACUUCAUUUAUAAAUGUGUUAGUAUCUAAGUUAUUUUUAAAUUUGUUUACACCUGUAUUUGUUGUAAAAUGACAUAAUUAUGUAAAUAUUUACUGAGUAAUUAAUUACAUCAUAAUUUUACAUACUUACUUAUGUUUUUAGGCACGGAAUUGACUAUAAUCAAACGUGUCACUUUUGGGCAGGAAUUGAAGAUUGUUUUAAUAAAAUAAAAUAAAUAUAACAAAAAAUAAAAAUGUUUGUACAAAACUAAAAAACGAAUAUACUUAAAUUCUGCAAAUACAUAAACGCUUUUGUGUUGGGAGAAAAAGAAGGUAAUGUUAAUACACAAGUUAAAAUGUAGAAUAACCGGUUGUCAAUCAGAGAGCGACAGGAUUAGAGAAUGUAUCGGAACGUAGUUUAGUAAUCUAUAAAGUGAACGAAAAACUUAAUGAUAAAUAUAUAAUUAUAACUAAGCACAUUGGACUGCUCGCAGUAGAGUAGCGCAGCUCAAUUUGUAGAAGUAUAAGUUUGUAAUUAUCUAUUUAUAUUGUUAAUAAAAUCGUUAUACAUAG